AUUGAUAAAUGGGGAUAAAUAUUGAUAAAUGGUGAGAAAUGGUGAAAAAUGGUGAGAAAUGGUAAUAAACAGUGAUAAAUGAUGAUAAAUGGUGAGAAACAUGGAUAAAUAAUUAAUUUUCAGCCAGUUUUCAGCAGCCCCCACUCCCUGAGGUGGCUGAGGGGAGCCUGGUCCUGCAGAGCCUGGCUUAAAUCCCUCAGCUGUGCUCAGGGGAGGCAGAAUAAACACAGGGAGCCUGAAAAAAAAGGAUGGAAAGGGAUUUUUUUGGUGAUAGGACAAGGGGGAGUGGCUUCAAACUGAAAGGGAGCAGAGUUUUUAUAACUUCCAGGGACAAAGUUCUUCCUUCAGGAUUGGGAUACAAGGUGGGUUUGGAAGUUGGGUGAAGCCAAGGUGGUACUUUGGCAUCUCAGGGGGUCUUUGAUGCCCCAAAUUCAGUGCCCUGAGCACCCAGAGGUGCCCAACAGGCAGGGAACCCCCUCUGGAGCAGAGGGAUUUCUCCCUGGAAAAGGCUGAGUGUGAGGAGAACAGGCCAAGGAGGGAUUUCCCUUGUGGGAGAGAAGGGAAUGGAGACAGGGGAGGGCCCCAAAAUGUGCUGAUUUUCCUGGAGAAUAAACACAGGGAGCCUGAAAAAAAGGAUGGAAAGGGAUUUUUGUGGUGAUAGGACAAGGGGAGUGGCUUCAAAGAGGGAGCAGAGUUUUUAUAACUUCCAGGGACAAUCUUCCUUCAGGAUUGGGAUACAAGGUGGGUUUGGAAGUUGGGUGAAGCCAAGGUGGUACUUUGGCAUCUCAGGGGGUCUUUGAUGCCCCAAAUUCAGUGCCCUGAGCACCCAGAGAUUGAGAUCCUGCCCAACAACCUCUGGAGCAGAGGGAUUUCUCCCUGGAAAAGGCUGAGUGUGAGGAGAACAGGCCAAGGAGGGAUUUCCCUUGUGGGAGAGAAGGGGAUGGAGACAGGGAAGGGCACAAGGAACAUCCCAGGAAGCACAAGGAGCUCGUUGCUGGGAAGGUUUGGAGCUGCUGAAGAGGAUGUGGAGCCUGAGGGCAGCAAAGCAAAGAGCUGGGGAAAAGGAGAACGUGGAAUGAACACGGAUUUUCCACAUAUUUCCCACAUAUUACGUGUCCUGGUCUGGACCUUGACGGUUUCCAGAUGUUUUCCCUCCGGUGCCAGCAGGAUUCCUGCCUGUGUUGUCCUGGGAGCCAGUCCUGGCCAUCCCCUGGCUCCAAGACCUCUUUUCUCUGGGAUUGAAAACCCCUUUUUCCUUGGGCAAUAAUGCUUCCCAUUCCCUGGGAUUAAAAACCCUUUUCCCUUGGGUAAAAAUGUUUCCCAUUCCCUGGGAUUAAAAACCCUCUUUCCUUGGGUAAUAAGGUUUCCCAUUCCUCAGGAUUAAACCCCCAUUUUUUUGGGAGAACCUCAUUUUUUCCCAUUUGGGAAACCCCAAUGUUUCCCGUUCCCUGGGCUUAAAAACCCUUUUUCCUUGGGCAAAAAUGAUUCCCAUUCCCUGGGAUUAAAACCCUUUUUCCUUGGGCAAAAAUGUUUUCCCUUCCCUGGGAUUAAAACCCUUUUUCCUUGGGCAAAAAUGAUUCCCCUUCCCUGGGAUUAAAACCUCUUUUCCUUGGGUAAUAAAGUUUUCCAUUCCUUAAGAUUAAAACCCCAUUUUCCUUGGCUAUUUAUGUUUCCCAUUUCCUGGGAUUAAAAACCCUUUUCUCCUGGGCAAUAAUGUUUCCCAUUCCCUGGGAUUAAAAGCCCGUUUUCCCAGGAUAAUAAGGUUUCCCAUUUCCAACCAAGCAGCCUCUCUGCUGGGAAUCCGUUCCCUCCCCGUCCCGACGGGUGUCAGGAGGAAUGUUGGGAAGGCAUUCCCAAGCCGGAGGUGGAGCCAGGCAGCCGGGAAAGUGGCUCCCAGGGAUGCCCGGGCCUGCCAAAAACAAGGAUCGGGGAAAAUCACCCACCUGGGAGGGAAGAGGCGACAGGGAAGGGCACUGGGAUUGCCGGGGAAAAGCAGCGGGAUCACGAUGGGAAGCUGGGCCGAGCCCGGGGGUGCGAAGCACCAGCAGAGGGAAAAGCUGGAUGAGCCUGGUUUGUGCGGAAAGGGAGCUCCACUGACCACGUCCCGCGGGCUCUCCGGGAAUUUUGGGACGGCGGGAGCCGAAUUCCAUGGAGACACGUGCGAGGGCAGCCGCCCUGGAGCCGCCGGGGAGCUCCACUCCGGGGGGCGGGAAUGUUUUUUUUUUGGGAUCUCCGGCUGGCUCGAGGCAGGGUUUUGAGAUGCAGAUCGAGCUGCGGGGGGUGGGUGGGACCCCUGAGACUGUGAAAUUCCAGCCGUUGGGAUAACAAAGGGUACGAAGGAGGGGUCAGCGGCCACGUGGAAGGGCGCCGGGAGACACGGAUCCGUGAGGAAGAGCGGGACGGGAGCACGGGGAGACUGAAGGUAUAAAUCCCAGGGCUUCCUUCGGCAGCUCGGGCUCUUCCCGCGUUUCCAGCCCCGGGAACGAGGUGUUGAUGGAAUCUGGGGCUGCACCGCGAUGGAACCGGGAAGGAAACUUGGGAGAUUUGGGGUGUGGGGGGGAGUCCUGGAGCAGGUCAUGGAGCUGCUGUUGGGAAGGGGCUGCGAUCCCAGCAGGGAAAAUCUGCGAGGCUGGCGUUGGGAUGGCCAGGGAGGCUUGGGAAUGGUGGGGCUGGGAAGUUUUCCCGACGGGUUUUCGGCAGGAUCAGCUUUGGGAAAUCCCCCCGUUCUUUAUUCCUGCCCCCGGGGGGGGGGUGUUUGUGUCCCUCAUCCCGGAGCUGGAGCUGCUGGAAGUUGGGUGUGAGCAGGGACACAACCCCAGCGAGCUGUAAAUGGUGCUGCUCCCUACAUUUAAACGAGUUUAAAAGGAAAAAAAAACCCACCACAGAUUCCACGUAUUUUAGAGCUCUGAAAUGCUGGAUUUAAUGGGAAUUUGUGGAGCGAAGGGUCUUGGACCACUCUGUGAGCCAUCUCCCCCUGGAAUUUCCUGCAGGACGGGGCUGGCUGAUACAACACCAGCCUUUCCACCUCGGUUUAAUUCACCUUAAUUCACUCUUUUUGACUCCCACUCGCAGCUCUUUCUCACCCUCAGCAGUCCCAAACAUCCCCCAAAACCGGGACAUCUCCCAGCCGGGGGUUCUGGAGCUUCUCGUGCUCGAGGGAGGUGAUUUGGGGGGGGGGGUAAAAUUCAACCCUUUUUAACUUUCCCCCCCCCCCUUUCGCAGCGGAAAAACGCGCUCCGAGGGCCAUCAGGAAGUACGGCGACAAGAGGGACAUCCCCUGGAAAGUGGCCUCCCUCCUGCCGGGGCUCCGCUACGCCCUGCGGAAAGCCGGGAGCUGCCCCUGGAAUGACUCGGUCAGCGCCAGCACGCGGAUCAAGCAGCACUUCCAGGAAUACGCGAAGCUGGGGCAGGACCCGGAGCCCGAGGGCGGCGACCACCUGAGCCUUCCCCCCGCAGAGGAGGGAUCCAACCCCUUCCAGAGAUUCCCGGAGAAGUCCCUGUGCCAGCUGCGGCACUACCUCCUCAACCCCAAGAACUACACCCUGAAGCUGUCGGCGGCCACCGGCUGCUUGAAGGGGGACGGGCAGUCCCUGCUCGGCGCUGCUGCUGCUCCUGCCCCGCCUGCCGCUCCCAGGAGGGAAUCCCCCAAUUCCCAGGGCGGGGCAGAGCCCGAGGGAGAUCCCAGCGAUCCCUGGGGGGAGCAGGGAAGGAGGAAAUCCACCCGGCUCCUCAUGAGCAGGAAGAGGGGCUCGGCGGAGGCUGCCGCGGGAGACGAUGGCCGGAGCGCCAGGAGGAAAUCCAGCGCCGCUCCCUCUCCCAAAAGGCCGGGAUCCACAGGGAAUUCCAAGGGGUCCUUGCUUAAGUUGGCCAACCUGCAGCUUCCACACGGGAGGAAAAGAGGUGCCGAGGUCCUGUCCGCCAAAAUCGUCCGCAAAUCCCCGGAGAAGCCCGCGGAGAAGGGAAACGACGCUCCCGACAUUCCCAAUUCUCCCGACGCUCCCGAUCCAGCAGCAAAGAGAGCGAGGACUGCGGAGAGCCCAGACACCCCCAGUCCUGUUCCCGACCCCAUUCCCAUUCCCGUGGAGGUGCCUCGUGCCGAGAGAGCCCCGACUCCGGUGAAAAACAAGGAGCAGGAAAGUCCGGAGCGCGACCCGUCCCAAGCUCAAGGCGACGACGGCCGAGCGGGAAGCGAGUUGCAGGAGCCACUCCCCGACCUCCCAGCCCAAGUCUCUCCCCAGUCCCACGGAGAGCAGAGCCAAGGGAACGAGUUUUAUCCGGCUGAGCUCGGGAACGAGUGCGACUCUCACGGGCUGAACCUGCUGGCUGACCUGGCCCUGGGCUCCUGCGUGUCCCUCUACAUCCCCCAGGACACGGAGGGGACCCCUGUGUCCCCCAGCACCGAGGUGGUCCCUGUGCCCUCCAGUGCUGAGGUGAUCCCUGUGCCCUACAGCCCUUCCAGCGACUCCUCCCAGGACGAUGAGGGGAUCUCGGUGUCCUACAGCUCUGGGAUGGUCCCUGUGUCCCACAGAACUGGGGUGACCCCCGUGUCCCACAGAACUGAGGUGACCCCUGUGUCCCACAACUGUGGGGUGAUCCCCGUGUCCCACAGAACUGAGGUAUUCACUGUGUCCCACAACUCUGGGGUGAUCCCCGUGUCCCACAGAACUGAGGUAUUCACUGUGUCCCACCGCACCGGGGUGAUCCCUGUGUCCCACAGCACUGGGGUGAUUCUUGUGUCCCACAGCACCGAGGUGAUCCCUGCAUCCCACAGUACUGGGGUGAUCCCUGUGUCCCACAGCACCGAGGUGAUCCCUGCAUCCCACAGCACUGGGGUGAUCCCUGUGUCCCACAGCACCGAGGUGAUCCCUGCAUCCCACAGCACUGGGGUGAUCCCUGUGUCCCACAGCUCUUCCAGUUACUCCCCCCCAGACACUGAGGUGAUCCUGGUGUCCCAGAGCCCUUCCAGCGACUCCCCCCAGGACUCCGAGGUGAUCCCGGUGUCCCACAGCACUGAGGUGAUCCCCGCGUCCUCCAACCCUUCCGGCGACUCCCCCCAGGACGCCGAGGACGCUGAGGUGAUCCCUGAGGCGAUCCCGGUGUCCCUGAGCCCUCCCAGUGCCUCCCCCCAGGAGCAGCAGGGCCGUCCCCAGCUCAGAUCCCCGCGUGCUGCUCCCGCUCCCGACCCCAAGCACCAGCGGCCUGGAAGACGAACCGCCUCCACCGGGAGGGCGGCACCCAACCAGGCCCUUCCCGCCGCGGGAAAACCGGGAUCCAACGCAGGAAAACCGGGAUUCAACGGCUCCACCGCCGCCACCGCCGCUCCCAGGGAGAGAACCUCCGGAAUUCCCAGCCAGAGCGGCGUGAGGCCGGGAUGGGCCGGGGAGAGGCAGCACUGCGCCGUGGCCCUGGAGCACUCCUACGCCAUGGUGGGCCCGCCGGAGCUGCGCAGGAGAGGCACCAAUCCCCCAGGAACGAGUCCCCCGGGAACGAAUCCCCCAGGAACGCCCACCUCCGGAGCGGCCCCCGCCCAAAACGGCACCGGGAGAGCCCGGGCGGGCCCGCUGGUGGGGAAGGUGCUGCCGUUCCGGCGCCAGCCCGGCGGGUCCCGCCCGCCCUGGGUCCCCGAGGGCACGAGGAGCAGGACGGGCUCAGCCAGGGACAAGGAGGACUUCGCCAAGUGCCACACGGUGAGGGCGCGGGGCAAGUCCCUGAAGGUGACGCUCCAGUGGGACGGGCACUACGCCCACAACCUGGACACCCGCUACACCAACAACAUCCUGGAGAGAUCCGUCAUCCGCGCCCUGCACGGGCCCUGGGACUGCAGCCUCCCCGAGACCGUGGAGGACAUGAAGCUGAUCCUGCACACGUGGGUGGCCCUGUUCUACAGGAGGCCCUCGGCGCAGCUCAACAGCUCGCGGAAGGUGGUGGAGCACCGCGACCCCAAGAAGUACGUCCUGCUCAACAGCUCCAACUGCUUCUGGGACCUCAGCGACGACGACCUCGAGCCCCGCGGCCGCAAGACGUGCCCGGCCGACUCCAGGUCCGACCCCGACCAGACUCCCAGCAGCUCCGUGGAUCCCGGCACUCCCAGAAAAGGGUCUUCCCGCCGGGAGAAGGGCCGGCCGCACUUGCGGUUGCGGAGCUACGCCAACGGCGCUGCCGGAGGUGUGGACAGCACGGUGUCCUCCUCCUCCGGGGAGCUGCCCGGCGAGGAGGAGGAGCCUUCCUCCACCAGCUGUCCGGAGAGCGUUCCCGAGGGCGUUCCCAGCGCCGAGGAGAGCCUGGAUGAGGGAGAGGGGCAGCCAGGAAUCUCCGAGGACGUCUCGAGUGUCACCGCGGAGGAGCCGCCGGAUGCUGCGAUCACCCCCAGCCCUUCCGAGGAGCCGGGACGUGCCAGCGAGCGCCCGGCCGUGCCAGGCAUGGAAAACUCCCGCAGCCUGGCCCCCAAUUCCAGUGCAGCUCCGUGCACAGACAGCCAGGGUGGAAUUCCAAGAGAUGGGGAGCAGCAGGAGAGGGAGCGGGAGGCAGGAGCAGGGCGUGGUUCUCCCAGGGAUUCGGAGAGCGCGGGAGAUGCCGGACACGGCACGGAGGUUGAGGACAGCAGGGACAGCAGCCGGGCCACCAGUGAUCCAUGGGAUUCCAUGCCCUUGGAAGCGAGUCCUGGAAGUGCGAGCCAUCCACGACGUGCCCGCGAUUCCGUGCCCUUGGAAGCGAGUCCCCGGAGUGCAAAUCUUGCCGGAGCCAGCAAGGAAGGGCUGGAAUCACAAGACCCCUUCGGACACCUGGAGAAAGAGGAGGGAGAGUUGGAGGAGGACAAGGAGGAGAACGAAGAGGACUUUGAGGAAGUCCUGGGGUCUGUGGAUUUGGUGUUGUCCGAGAGCAGUGACACCGAGAUGGAGAGCGAGCACAGCGACCAGAAAACAGGGAGUUCCCCACUUCCAGAGGACUUCGGUGCUCCCGGAGAGGACUCUGUGCCCAGCCCCUCCUCCUUGGCAUCGCCCUGCUUGGGCAGCUCCACACUGAUGAUGUCUGACGGGACUUGGACUGGGAGUUGGAGCGGGAUUGACUCUCCAGGGCUUCCUGGGGAGAGGGCACCGAGCGUGGAUGAACCCCCGGAGCCCUGGGAUGCUCCGGCCACUCCGUGUUCGGAGACAGGUGGUGUUGGUGUGGCCAGUCCAGCCCAUGUGGGGUCACCCCGGGACAGUGGGGAGAUGAUCCCGCCUGAUCCAGGCCUUUUCCAUGGGGCACAGCCAGACAGUGUUACAGGCAGCCCAGAACCUGCUGGAGAGACACUCGGGAAUGACUUGGAGCAGAAAGACAGGAAUCAUGUGACCGCUGAAGAAAGGUGGGAAUCUUCAGAUGUGAGGUCACCCCGUGACAGUGGAGCGACAUUCCCACCUGAUCCAGGCCUUUUCCAUGAGGCACAGCCAGUCUGUGGAGCUGCUGGAGAGACGCUUGGGAAUGACUUGGAGCAGAAAGACAGGGAUCACAUGCCCACUGAAGAAAGGUGGGAAUCUUCGGAUGUGGGGUCGCCCCGUGACAGUGGAGAGACAUUCCCACCUGAUCCCGGCCUUUUCUAUGGAGCACAGCCAGACAGUGUUACAGGCAGCUCUGGAGCUGCUGGAGAGACACUCGGGGAUGACUUGGAGCAGAAGGACAGGGGUCACGUGCCCGCUACCGGGAACAGGGAUGGCCUGGAGUCCCCACACAGCCAGGGACUGGCACUGCCCUUGUCCCCUCACUCCAACUCUGCCUACCUGAUGUCUCCUGAUGGAUCCAUCGAUCCCAGAGCUGCUCCAGAGGACCAGGAGACCACGGCAGGCUUCCCGUCGCCGUCACGGCGCGACCUGGGCAGGAGCAGCUGCUUUUCCCGGGAACAGGGAGAUGAUGUCGGUGCUGAUCCUGGGGAGCCAAACCAGGAAAGGAGCGAGGUUUUGGGGGAAGAGCCUGGCAGCCCUUGUUCCAACGGCACAGGAAUGCCGGAUGAUCCCAUGGGAGCAGGUGGUGGCCAGGACUUCCCCUUGGACUACAGAGCCGCGGGAGGUGAUCCCGGGGCUGGGGAGGGUGAGGAUGUGUGUCCUGGUGCAGAGAAUUCCCCCAGGAGCGACAGAACAGACAUGGAGAUGGGGGGUGACACUCCACAGGAGCCAGAGAUGCCUCUCCAUCCCCCCCUGGAGUCAGAGCCCUCCUCCUUGGAGAGGGAAGGGAUGUCAGCCCUGGAGGAGCUCCCCGGGCAGCGACGGAGCUUCCCACACAGCCCCUCCCCAUCCAGCCCUGGAUACUCAGCUCCUGCUUCUCCUGCUUAUCAGGAAGACACAGAACCCCCCAGCUCGGAGCAGAGCCCGUGGGAGCCAGCCCUGGGCCAGCCCUGGAAUUCCUGGGAGGAAGGAGGUGCUCCAGAGGGGAGUGUGGGUGCCCGGAGCCUGGAGGGCUCCGUAAAUCCCAGAUGUUCCGGAGGGGUGAUAAGAUACCCGGCUCCGCGCCCCGCGGGGCGGGCACGGGGCUCCCCUGUGGAUGUGCUUCCAAGGGAGCCAAGAUCCAGGUCUCCUCCUCCUCCACACAGUCUCCAGGAUGGUCUCCACGGCACCGAGCCGGGCUCAGUCCUGGAUGUGUAUCCCGGGAUGGUCCCUCCCGGCACGGAUUCGGCUCCGGACGAUGCCUCGUGGUCCUGCUCCCCCUGUGCCAGCCCCGGGAGCCAAAGGGAGGAGCCCAUCCCACCUGAGGACUGGGAAGAAGGAAGAAGCAUCCUCUUUUCCAGUGCUCCAUCUUCUCCAGAGGGGGAUUUGCUCGAUCCGUGGCACGAGCCCCACUCUGCGUGGGAGGACAGCGGAUCCGAGGAAUUCCCUGAUCCCGGGGAUGAGGAAUCCGAGGCAUUCCCUGAUCCAUACCGUGCCAGCAGGGACAUGGGACCCGAGGCAUUCCCUGAUCCACACCGUGCCAGCGCAGAGGUGGAGGAGGGGGAAAUCCUCACUUCCCCCAUCCCUGCGUUGCCGUUCCGCGAGCACAGGGACCCCUCUGGAGAAAGGCUGGAGUUCAGCGACGCUGAGGACGCUUUGGACACGUUCCCGAGGGCACAGCAGCUCCUCAGCAGGGACACACGCAGGGCCGUGGCCUUUCAAGAUCCAUUGGACCUUUCAUCCAGCGACUCCGAGCAGGAAUACUUUGGGAGGAACCCACGCCCCCCACUUCCAGCCAGGGCUUCCCGCGGCGCGAGAUCCGUGGAUGCCGCAGGCACCAGGACAAACGGCAACGACUCCUCCGUGGAGGGGCAGGGAGACGACUGGGGCCAGGGGCUCCCCAGGGAUUCCCGGCGCUCCGUGAUCACCCGGCACCGCCGGGAGAGGCCUGGGAGUUCCCAGACUCCGAGGAGGCGGCGCCGCCGCCCGGGGGAGUCCCAUUUGUUACGGAACAACUUGCUGGGCGACUGGAGGGGCUCCGAGGAGCUCACCCAGAACACCCUGGACAUGGAGUGUCUCCGUUUCCAUUAUAAGCUAAACCAGGUCCUUGGGAAUAGGAAACCGCCCUUUUCUACCUCCGAGAGCAUCUUCCCAAGAGACUUUUCCCGGCGGGACCCUCCGGCCCCGCCGUCCGCACGGGGCAGGAGCCCCUUGCAGGUGACCAUCCCACCCUCACACACGUGGCCGGGCCGGAGCAGAUCCCACCGGCAGAGGGGCUGGCACGACGAGGACACCCCCGGGGACACCAGGAGGAGAUCCCCAUCCCGCUCCCGACCCCCCUUCCGCCUCGGGAAGCUCCGCCAGGACGGCCGGCCGCUGGAUUCUCCGGGGGACGUCACCGUCGUCCUGGACGAGUAUUCCGAGUUGCCGAGGGUGGUGCUGAGCAGGGCGGACGCCGGGAAGGAGGGCGGAGGGCACGGAGAGCCCCGGGAUGCGGGGCCGGGCCCGUCCCGGCGCGGGAGGCCGGCGGCCUUCCAGGGCAUGAUCGGGGAGCUGUGCGGGGCCCUGCGCUCCCACCUGCGCCGCGUGGCCUCCGAGGCCUCCACGCACCCGGGAAUGUUCUACCUGGUGGAGACGGGCAAGGAGCCGUUCUUCGAGAGGGUGAAGGCCCUGCUGAGGAAGGAGGGUUGGGUGAGGACGGAGCCGCGGAGCUUCAGCGGGGGGAGGCGCCGGGCCGGCGACCAACUGCUCGUCAUCAUCCGCAACGAGGACAUCUCCUCCCACAUCCACACCAUCCCGGGAUUGCUGGAGCUGAAGCGCUGUCCCGGCGUGGUGUUUGCCGGGGUGGACAAUCCCGAGGAUGUCACGGGUCACACGUACCAGGAGCUGUUCCACACCGGGGGCUUCCUGGUGUCCGACCACCACGUGUUGGAAUCCAUGUCUCUGGCCCGGCUGAAGGAGGUGGUGAAGGUGCUGGAGAAGCUCAACAGGAGCGGGAGGUGGAAGUGGCUCCUUCACUACUGGGAGAGCAAGAAGCUCCGAGGAGACCUCAGGGUGGCCCCCGAUGCCCACGGGAAGCAGCUGCUCCUGAAGUGGUGCCAGGAGGAGGGGCUGGUGGAGGUGCUGCCCUUCCACGGCUGCGACUCCCCCGGCGCCCCCGAGAAGCAGCUCCUGAGGUGCCUCCUGGGGCUGCAGGUCCAGCACGUCCGGGCCAGGCUGGGCGUGUUCCUGACCCGUACAGGGUGUGUAUGUCACAGGUGA